AUCGAUGAAUCGUGUGCCAAUGGUCCGACGGCCUGCUGUCACGGUUGUUACCCUCCCGGUGGUUGGUUGAAUGUCCAACCACGGCACAAGGUGGAUUGCGGAGUGCCGGUGCAAAGACCAUUGCGAGGCUUCAGCAGAUCUCCCUCCUCUAGCUCGAACAAUGAGGAGGGGCAAUGGGUGCACAGCCCUCAAUCUGUCAAACGAACCAGUUGCAGAUGACGAAACAAGUCGCAGUACAGGGUCCAGGCAUGUUCAUCGAGGAGCCGAGCUUGACGCGGUACGGCCAGCGGCGACUUAACACGACGAGUUAUUCCCCACCCGUAUCACGGAUUAUGUCUGGAGGUGCGUCGCGAUAUUGGGAGGUUGCUGCGAACCAAGGUAUAUCCCGACUCCGAAAGGCAACCCAUUAUCUCCUGCUUCGACCGACCGAUCAAUGUUGCAAGCGGGAGUCUCUGUUAGCCCUUCGUUGCCGCGAACGCACGUCUCUCCAAUUGGCUUUGCCUGCAAAUAAGGCACAUCAGAUCUGCGUCAGUUCCCCGAUCGAUGUCGCUUGUUCCCAGCACACCCGUUCACAGCCAUGGCCAGACCCUGCACACGCCAAUUUCCUCUAUCAAAAGACGCCAGACGCCAGACUCCAGACAUCUCAGUCCAUAGUUGGUCCAACAUGUCCACUCCGAAAGGCACCGUCUCUGAUGGCGAGUUAUGCCACUUGCCUCUUCUCGGUGACCUGCAUUCAUGGCAUAACGUAUUGCACAUCAUCUUGCAUACUAUACUUCUGACCAUUCAUGUUUCUCCAACCAUGAGCCUCGUCAACGGAAUGCCGCAAUCCAUGACGCCGCCGGACCCCACACGGACCGGACAUUUG